GCCCCGGAGGGAGGGUUCAGGCCUCCAUCCCUGGAGGGUGGCUUCCGAGGGCUUGUCCUCUCCCAGCAGGAGGGUUCUGACACACAGCGACCACACAAGUGGGUGGGGGCUUCGUGUGGUGACGGAAAGCCCAGUGGAGGGGCGCCUCCUGGUGCCUGCCCCCAGCUGCCCCAACCGGAGAGAAGGGCUGUGCCCGCCGGGGCAGCCCAGACUCCCUGCUAGCCCCCUGGGCCCCAGGCACCCACAUUCCCUGGGGCAGCUGCGGGGCAGCAGCACAGAGGGGCUGCACCUCCUCCUGCUGAGUCCUAGGGCACUGCGUGAGAUGUCCCACCCCUGAGCCCUCCUUGGGCCCUGGCCCUGGGCCAGAGCCAGCACUUUCUCCAACAGCUGCCCUUCCCCCAUGCCUGUGGCCCCCAAGCUGAUAGCUACCCUUUUGUAAAACAAGGCUCUAGUAGCUACCUUCCUGGGUCUCAUAUGUAUUUUGCAGGGGAAGAGGGGACAUUUCUGUUCCUCAUCCUGGGUCAGAGUUCAGCCUGGGGGCGACAGACACGAUGUGAGUCAGAGGGAGGUGCAGCCCAGCGAGCGCCCAGGAUGGCACUGCCAGCUGGAAAAGAACUGGGGCUCCAGGCCAGCCUCUCGGACUGACUGAGAGAGGAUGUUCGUUGGAGAAGGACUCUCCCCUGUUCUGGGGCAAUUGCUUCUCUGGAAAGGGACCCUCAGUUCCAUUCUGGCCUCUCCCCUUGGCCCCUGUCCCCCAACCCAGCACAGCUGUACUGGCUCUGACCGUGUACCCCAGGCAAGGUGCCACCUCCCGGGGACCAAGUGAAAGCCCUGGCCGUCUGUACUUCUGGGGCCUGAAACGUGACCUGAGGGUCACUCCCAGAUGUCCAAUGUCCACCACUCACCCCACAAAGCUUUCCCCAGGGCCCCCUUUGGGACUGUCCCACCUAUCCACUGGUCCCUCAGGAAAGGUCUCCAUACGCACCCCAUCCUGGGCUGGCAAUGCUUUAGAGGAGGUGGAGGAGGCAGAGAAUGAGAGAAUGGGGCUGGGUGGAGGCGUGGACCACUGAGGGGUCCCCCGGGAGUGCACCCUCUCAUGGAAGAAGUGGCAACUCCCCAGGCUGCUCUGGGGUGCAGGCUGGCCAUCUGAGGAACAGCUUCUGGCCAGGAGGCUGCAUCGCUGUGGUCCAGAACUUCCCGGCUUACUCUCUGCUGGCCCAACUCCAUGUGGCCUCCCUGCCAGCUCCACGAGGAGCUCUGGUGCCCUUCCAGUGCCAAGCCCUGCUGGGAGACCCACGCCCAGUUUAUGCAGUCCCCAGUCCUGCCUGCACCCUGCGGGAGCCGGCCUGUGACCACUAUCCCAGAGGGCAGGGCCAGUCCCACCUCUGGCCUCCUGGAGGGAAGGCAGAGCCCCCUCCCCAAGAAAACCCCUCUCCUGCCCCCCACAGACAGAGCGGCACGGGGAGAUUCAAGCCCAUGGUCAGGCCGCCCAGGACACUGCCGGGCCAGCUGGAGAGCCCCUCAUCAGAUGUUCCCAAGAAAACCUGCUGCCCUGGCCUUUGGGGAGGGCGUGGGGGUGCAGACCUCCCUGGAGCUCCGGGCCUUGGGCUCUGUCACCUUCUGCAGCUGCCGGCCAUCGGGCAGGACUCAGGUGAUGACGGCGGCGGCAUGGAGUUCCCGGAGCACGGCGGGCGGCUGCUGGGCCGCCUGAGACAGCAGCGCGAGCAGGGCUUCCUGUGUGACUGCACCGUGCUGGUGGGCGACGCGCGCUUCCCGGCCCACCGCGCCGUGCUGGCCGCGUGCAGCGUGUACUUCCAUCUCUUCUACAGGGACCGGCCCGCGGGCGGCCGCGACGCGGUGCGGCUCAGCGGCGACAUCGUCACGGCGCCCGCCUUCGGCCGCCUGCUGGACUUCAUGUACGGGGGCCGCCUCGACCUGCGCAGCGUGCCUGUGGAGGACGUCCUGGCCGCAGCCAGCCACCUGCACAUGUACGACAUCGUCAAGGUCUGCAAGGGCAGGCUCCGGGAGAAGCAGCAGGCGCUGCCCCGGGAGAACCCAGCCCCUCCGGGAAAACCGGGGCCUCCUGGCGCGCCCCUGUGCCCCCUGCCUGCCUGGACCCCUGAGCUCUGCCCUGCCGCUCAGAAGGCCAGGCUCCCCGGGACUGGGGUCAAGGCUGCCCUCCCUCCACGAGCACUGGUACCUCCCCCCUGGCAGCCCCCAGGGGAGUCAGACCGGGCCCUGGACCUGUCGUUGAAGCCUCGCCCAAGGCAGGAGCCAGUGCACCCACUCUGCACCCUCCAGGCAGCCCCCCACAGCCAGGUGCAGCAAGGGACCCCAGCACCAGUGAAAGAUGAGCAGGACUCGCUGUCGGGACAGGAGGGCAGUGGCCCUCAGAGCCCACACAGCACCCUGCAGCCAGCCUGUGCUCCUGCAUCCAAGGGCCAGACAGUGGGCUUGGAGCCUCUGCCACUCAGUGGGUUGGGCAGCAGGGAGCUGGAGCCGGAUGCAGAGCAGGGGGCGCGGGGGGACGAGCGGGGUCCCAGCGGGCAUCUCUGUGUCUGCCCACUGUGCAGCAAGCUGUUCCCCAGCGCCCACAUGCUGCAGCUGCAUCUCAGCGCCCACUUCCGCGAGCGGGAUGGCUCCCGGGCUAGGCUCUCGCCCGACGGCACUGUGCCCACCUGCCUGCUCUGCGGGAAGACCUUCUCCUGCACAUACACGCUGAAGAGGCAUGAGCGCACGCACUCCGGCGAGAAGCCCUACACGUGUGUGCAGUGCGGCAAGGGUUUCCAGUACUCCCACAACCUGAGCCGCCACGCCGUGGUGCACACUCGCGAGAAGCCUCACGCUUGCCGCUGGUGUGAGCGCCGCUUCACACAGUCUGGGGACCUCUACCGCCACGUCCGCAAAUUCCACUGUGGCCUGGUCAGGUCCCUGCUCGUGUGACACAUCUCUGGGGGUCGUGGGGGUGGAGGAGAGGGCAGACUUCCCAGGGGGACCCUGGGACGAAGCGUAAAGGACGGAGAGUUCGGCCGGCAGAUGCCCCUGAGCCUGGACUCGGGCCAGCAGAAAGUACACCGCUGCCCCCGGAACGCCACCUCGUGCUCCCCCGCAGGUGACUGGCCAGCCUUCUCCAGGCCUCGCCCCCUCCCCAGCCCUUGGACUCACUCCUGCGUGCUCUGACCCAGAUGCUCUUCCCCUCUGUCCUCUGCAGCCAGUUCCAAGGGGGUUGGAGGGGCCCUGAGCUCUGGCAUGAGGAGGCGCAUUUGUCCUCCUGGGAGCUUCCCUGGCCACCUCUCUGGCAUGCUCUGGUGUGCCCCCAUGAGCCCCAUGCCAUGCUCGCUGAAGGAUGUACACAUCACAGAAGUUCUUGGAGUGGGUCCCCAACAGGGUGCUUGAACAGAACAGGCCACUCCUGGUGGGUGGCAGCAGGAGCCCUUUCUGAGGAGGCCCCAGGUGCAGUGCAUGCCAGCAGGGACAGGGCCAUCAGGGCACAGCUGGCAGUGUAGGGGGUGCAGGUCCCAGUGGGGACCCCAGGGUGGCAGGAGCAGAACCAGCCAGAAGCUAAGUGGCUCUGGAGUUGUGGGCACUGGGGUGGGAGGUAAGGCCUCUAGAGCUUGUAGUCCUGAUCGUGCUGUGGCUUUGGGCAGAGAAAGUCGGAUUUUGGAAAGGAUUCUCUUUAGAUACAAGAAGAGCCUCCCGAGGUUGCCAGAUGUCUGCCCAUGUGCAAUGAGCUGUGCCACUUCCCUGCCUGAACACAAAGGCACGGGGUGCCUCCAAGCAUCCCCAGGGUAGUGCCGAGGGGCCUGGAAGUGCAGCUACCUGUCCUGAGUAUUAUAGGCUGCUGCUGGGCCACGGUGGGCUUGACCCUGAGGUCGCUCAUUCACCUACUCCAGGUCCCCCUGGGCGUACUGGUCAUUUCCAGAGCCCUCGGCUCGGAGCCACAGGCCGCUCUGUCUACCAAGAGCCCUGUUUGCAGGGUUUUGCCUCCCUGCAGUGGGGUACUGGUGAACGUGGCCAUUACACACGGAGGGGGUGGGGGGAAGGUGGGUGGCAGUGGGCCAACACAGGCCCCACCCCUAUCCACAGCCAGGGGACUGACGCUCUGAGAUCGAAGGACCUCUGCGUGCAGCUGGUCAGGGGUGCCCUGCCUUGCCUGCAAAUCUAGCUGCCAGACCUUUAGUGGCUGUGGCAAGGAGGGGGACAGAGGGGGGCCGCCCCUGCUUCUGGGUGUCCAGCAGGUGGCACAGCCUCCUGGAAUCCUUUCCUCAGACCACAUCGUGGGCUGUUUCUGCUGUGGCUGGAGUCAGUGCUGAGGAUGGCACCUGGCUUCGUUUAAGUUAUUUUCUCUUCUCCUGACAACACUUGAUGUCAUAUUUAUUCAUCUGCCUGGUCUGGAGUGCAGUGACUGUCGGCCUUCACAGCAGGUGGACAGACGGGCUCAUCUCCCUGUGCCCUCAGCUCUCCUAGCACGUGGGCAGCCUGCAUGAUGGUCCAGCCCUGGGGCUCAAGCUCAGCAGCCCUGGACAGCUGUGGACCAGAGGGCACUGGGCAAAGGAGACCCCCGCUUCUGACUCUUAUGUCUCUGGCCCUCCAACCCCCGAAGGGCUCAUGGGACAUGUCUUUUGGCAUGUACUCCAUGAUCAGGUUUCCUCGUGUGUGUGUGUGUGUGUGUGUGUGUGUGCACGUGCACACGCGAGCGUGCAUGCGCGCAUUUGUGCACAACCCCAGCAAAUGGCAGGGCUGAGCCGUGCCAGCAUCCGUGGCAGCUGUGCCACUGGCCCCAGCAGGCAGUGGGGAGGUGUGGCAGUGGCCCUGGUUUUCCCCAGGGGCUUCCAUGGGGGAAGAAAUUUACUUUCCUGCCCUGAGUUACCAACACUGGAUUCAUUGUUUUCAGCACUUACUGUGAAGUUAAUGUAAAGCGGAGAGGUCAGUCUUUAAUUUGAUGCCCUACAUGAUUCAGAUGAAAUAUAUACAAAUGAGACACUAA